UUUUCAAACAGCUCCCCAAAGAGGAGGUUGCAGAAGAUGGGGAAUGUUGCAUUUAAAUCUGCCAGUGCAAAGUGCUCGCUGUUGCUGGGUGACUGGGAGCGGCCCGGACACAAGCCUCUUUUGCAGGAAGUUUUUGUACUUAGAAAUUCAGAAAAGAAAGCAAAAUAACCCGGGGCAAUAACCGCCGAGGGUGUGCCAGCCUGCCUGGGACAGUGUCACUCUCUGCAGCGAGCAGGAGGGGUGGGUGAGGUGGGACGGCAGUUUUGCUUGGGUCACUGGAGCAAAACCACAGGCUGCGGAGUGACUUUUAUGCGGGAUGUUUUAUUAACGUGGAUGUAAGCAAAAGAGUUGGUCGACCUUUCCCACCCUCCUCCCAAAAAAGACUCAACAAGCAGUUCACGGCUAGAGGCGAUGAGGAUCCGUCUGUUAAAAGGCUUCCAACGCUGGUGAUAAAUCACUACAUAUACUCUGGAGUCAGCACAAUGCUAAGUGUGAUUCCUCCGGCCUUCUCUCCAGUCUCCUGCCAUGGCUGAUACUAUCUUUGGUAAUGGCAGCGAUCAGUGGGUGUGUCCCAAUGACCGGCAGCUGGCGCUGAGAGCCAAGCUCCAGACUGGCUGGUCGGUGCACACAAACCAGACUGACAAGCAGAGGAAAACGCAGGUGCUGGACCCGAAGGAGCUGGAGGUCAUCCUGGAGGUCAUCCGCAGGGCGGAGAAGCUGGACCUUGUUGAGCAGCAGCGAAUUGGGCGCCUGGUGGAGCGGCUGGAAAACAUGCGGAAGAACGUGAUGGGGAAUGGGCUGUCUCAGUGCUUACUCUGUGGCGAGCUGUUGGGGCUGCUGGGGACCACAUCGGUCUUCUGUCAGGACUGCAAAAAGAAAGUCUGCACCAAAUGCGGAAUUGAAAGUCUCGGGACCCAGAAACGCCCUCUCUGGCUGUGCAAAAUCUGCAGUGAACAAAGAGAGGUUUGGAAGAGGUCUGGCGCAUGGUUCUACAAAGGGCUGCCUAAGUACAUCAUGCCUUUGAAAACCACCAAAGCCAACGAACUGCGUCUGCGGCCUCGACAUGCCGAGCCAGAUGUGCAAGAAGUGAAGGGCGUUGGGACAAACCGCUCCUACACCUGGGCCAGAGGGAGAGUGGUUUCUAGCGACAGCGAGAGCGACUCAGAAUUCAGCUCCUCUAGCCUGGAUGACAAGUCCUUGUCUGGAGGAGCCAAGGGCUUGAAGAUCAGGAAGCAUCACGUGGAAUCAGCGGCUGGCAGUGACUCCCCCAGAACUCCCAGCGGGAGCACCCACUCCAACGCCUUCUCGGAGAGCCGCAGCAGCCUGGGCAGCGAGCGCGGGGGAGGCCCGAGUGCUACCGAGAGCUGCCAGAAUGACCUGCUGGCGGAGGAGUGUGACAGCGAUGCCAGCAGAAGUGCCCCCGGCAAACGACGCAUCCACCCAAGUCCCUGGUGCUGAUGGGAGCCGACGUCUCACUGCUUGACCCGGAUCCAGCACAGCUUGUCUGACACAUCCAGUCUUGUACUCUCCACGGAUUGAGCGAACCCCGGCAUUCUGUGGCGUCUGAGUCGCCAUGAUUCCACACAGACCUUAAUUUACUUGCCGUUGGCUGGAAAGAGACAUUGCUGUCCACUCGGCGUAGUUUGUCCCACUUUUGUUUUUGCCUCCUGCUGGCUGCAGAAGAAUGGGAAACAUUUGGAUUGGAGGGUUGCUCUUCUGAGUGAGGAAAGGAGCGGGUGAUACCAUGGUAGCCAUCCAGCUGUGUAUUAGUAUUUCUACUGAGAUUCAUUUCCCCCCUCUGUAAAGUGGAGAGCCCAACACUUACCCACCUCAGUAAGGACAUCGCAGUGCAGCGUAGUGAGAGCACUGAACUAGGAUCAAGAUGCUUGUGUUGUAUUCCUGGUUUGCUGAGCGACCUUGAGCAAAUCACGUUGUGCAUCUCUGUGCCUGAGAUUCCUCGCCUGUAAAUGGUUUUUGUAAGAGUUCUGCCUGCUUUUCGUGAAGCGCUUUGAGAUCCACCGGUGAACGGCACUACGUGAGAUUCACACCCCCACCCACACGCCUGCACAUCCCUGACCACUAGGAAAGCCCUUGCAAUAAAGUGUGUGAGUGGCGUGUAGCUUUGUGCUGCUUCUCUGCACAGGGUGAACUUCCCUCGAUAAGCGGCAAGGGUGAAAUCCUGGCUCUCUUGAAGUCAAUGAGAAUUUUGCUACCAACUUCUGUGGGGCCAGGUUUCCAUCCUCAGUAUUCUCAUCACAGUUAUUACUGGGUUUAUUAUUGUUUUAAUCAGGGAUCCCCAUUAGCUGGUUUGAUGGCGCUCCACCCUCCUCCCUUCGAAGGGCCCUUCUUGAACAUGGCUGCCUGCUGGGGAUGGUCAUUUAUUUAGAGAGGAAGAGAGCUGUGGAAGAGGAUGGCUGGUGCGAUUCCUUUAAUCUUUCUGCGGUAGGAUGUUUCCUCUCCUUUCUGGUCUCUGAUGUGUUGAAGUCGGUGUUGUGAGCAGCCUCUCUCUGUGCUGCCAACUCUGUGUGUUUUACCUUUCAGUGGGAGAACCCUGCUGACGCCCUGAUGGCACCUGGAUGGCACUGGGCAGCCAUCUCAGCCACAUGUUCUAAAAAGAAGGCUACUUUCCCUUGUGAAGGUGGAAGGAGCCAGGCCUGUGUUUUCUCCUUGCUGUCCCCAGAGCUCAUGCAUCUGUCUGGCUGCAAUUUCUUAUGCACUAGUACUUGGGUCUUCGGCACUGAUCUAAACUGGAGAGAGUUGCUGGUCUGGUGCCAUCCCCACCUCUCCUCUGAGGUAUACACUCUUCCCCAAUGUCUGGCAGAUGCCUAGAGGCCAAGCCCAUGACUCCUAUAAAGGGAUCAAGCAUUUUAAGGCCUGAGCCAAAGCCCGGAUCAAUGGGAGUCCUUCAGUUGACAUCAAAGGGCUUUGCAUGAGGCACAUAUUCUGCAAAGGGACCCAGAGACUCCAAAGAGUGCUGUCCAGGGAUGACUGAUCACUUUAAAAGCAGUUCACUGCCACUAGUGAGUCACCUUCCCCUUUGUAAACUAGCCACUCUGAUCUGUUUAAACAAUUUCUCCACCCCCUUCCCAGCUCACUAAUUGAUUGUUGGGUUAUUAGAAUAUAUAUAUAUAUCAGUUUGUUUUUUUAGGGUUGCUUCUGAGACAUGCAGAAAUUGGGGGUUUUGUAUGAGGUUGGGGUGGUGGAGGAAUAUUUGUUUUUAAGAGGAAAAUACCCUGCAAUGUACAUACACAUGCAUUGGAUUUUACAAAUGACAAUAGUAUAAAGGUAAAUGAGAUCAGGUACUGGGCUCCCAGCCCCAAGUGGUUUUGCAUCCAACCAAGCACCCUGCUGUUGCUCUUUGUGCUGCCUGCUGGGGUGAUGUGCUACAGGACGGGCAUUUUAACUUUUGGUCUGGAUUAUGAGACUAAGACAUGUAGGGCCAGAUUUUCAAAGGUAUUUAGGCACCUAAAGAUGUAGAUGGAUGCCUAGGUGCCAAAUGGGAUUUUCAAAAGUGCCUAUCUCCACCUUCAUGUGCCUAAAUAUCUUUGAAAAUCUGGCCUACGUUACUUCUGAAAAUGGGACAUCAGCAUCUAAGUCUCUUGGGCACUUUUGAAACUGUUACCCCAGAUUUUUACAACCUAGUUUCCUUCCAUGUCUUAUUUACCACCACUUUGCGUUAGUAAGGCAGAAUCAAAUUUUCCCUUAUCACCAUCCACCCUGCUUGUUUCAUUGUUAUACUUCACUCAGCUUGGACAAUGAAAACCGCCUAGUCAGUUUCAUUGUGUUUCACAGCCACUUCUGCUCUUUGGUUCUCGUUCAUCAGCACAUAUAAAUCGCCAACACUGGGGGGGGGGGGGUGUUUUACUCCUGACAUGCUCCUCACUGGUUUGUUGGGUUGCUUUAAAACCUGAAAAUGCUUCAAUUAACAUUGUUUUGUGAAACACUCUUGCUUAAACAUGGAUGUGGGGCUGAUACUGUCCCAAAACCCUGUUCACCCCUUGCUCACACCUGUGUAACUUUGACUUCAGCAGAGUUGUCCCUGAUUCAGAGUUGGAUCUGGAACCUGUUGACGUGGAUACAGGAUCCAGGCCCCAAGUGAGACAAGAGCCAGGCCCAAUCCAUGUCGACUAUCGAUCUGUCUACACUUUGAGCUGGGAAGUGUGAAUUUCAGCUCAAGGAGACAUACCUGCGCUAUCUCUCAUCAAGCUAGCGUGCUAAAAAUAGAGCAUAGCUGCAGCAGCGCCAGUGAUCCCAGAUACAUACUCAGGACAACAAUCCCACAGCUAUGAGUGUGCUCUAUUUUUAGCAUGCUCCUUGAACUGGAAUUUACACCUUCAGCUUGAAGUGUAGACAUCCGCCCAUGCAAAUGCAGUAUGCAGACAUGCGCAACUCUGUGCUAAUACUUGUUAUGAAAGAGAUUUUUCAUCCCUUAAAGGUGUAUUUCACCCUAAUAUGUGUUUACAUGUCUUCAACCAGGUCUUUAUCUUCCUUAUAACCAGUAACAGAUGCCUGCAUUUCUAGUUGGGGGGUGGGCAGGAAAGGGAAUGUGAAUGGGUCUCCGUUUACUAGGAUGUUGUGUGUGUCCCACUCCCUUCCUUCCCUCAUUGUUAUAUGUAACAUUUUAGAAUUGGAAAUAAUAAAGCUUUGACGCUGCA